GCCGCGUUUGGGUGAGCGCGGCGACGCUGCUGCCCCGAAAUCCUCCCCGAUCUUGAGGCGUAUGGAACCUCAAGGUCUUUGUGAUAAUGGAAACCAAAAAAUUGAUUGGUAAACCGCUUCAACCAGCAAGACCUGUUCGUCAUCUGACUUCUCCCCCUGGAGCAGUAUUCCCUUUCAACUUUCAAAAUGAAUAUUCAUGCAACACUCAGUGCUUACAAAGUGGAGUUAGCAGAUGUAAGACAAAUGGAAUGCAAGCCUUUUCUCAAGGUCAUAAUGAACAACAGCAACAUCAGUCUCCAGUUAAAAAAGAGAGAAUUAAAUACAGCAGAGAUUUCCUGUUGAAGCUCUCGAGUGUUUCCAUCUGCAGGAAAAAACCAGACUUUCUGCCUGAUCAUCCCAUUGUACUUCAAAAACCAGAAAACCGCCAAAGUUUUAAGUAGCAUUUUAAGAACAGAUGAAUUUGAAGAUAAAGAAUUAUUCGUUUUCUAUUUUGGACACCUGCAAAUGAAGUGGAUCUAGUAACAAUAACAGUAAUGGACUGUGACAAUACAGUUUAUUUUUAAUUUUGAUGGUUGGGUAUUUGGUUUCUCCUAAAAUAUUUUAAACUAUAAAGAAUUUUCUAAUCAGUUGCAGCUUUGCAGGCAGUUUCCUGCAUAAAUUGGAAAGUAACACUGGAAAGUAAGAAUUUGGUUAGUAAAGUGGGAAGGCUGUAUUUAUAAUUUGCAUGCUACUUGCAAUUUUUUUUUUCAUCUCUUGUAAUAAUGGAAUGGAAAUGUAAGCUGUAAAGAUUCUCAAAUAUAAAGUAUUUGCUAUAAUGUA